AUGAUGGCGGGGUAUGGUUUCCGUCGAAGCCUGAUUGUUACUGAUCGCUGGUUAACGAAGUCAGGUAUGGCGGGGAAUGUGCAAAAAGCACUGGAAGAACACAGUGUUUUUAGCGUUAUUUAUGAUGGCGUCCAGCCUAAUCCAACCACAGAAAAUGUUGCUGCAGGUCUGAAACUACUGAAAGAAUAUAAUUGUGAUAGUGUUAUUUCAUUAGGUGGUGGUUCUCCGCAUGACUGUGCAAAAGGUAUUGCGCUGGUAGCCACCAAUGGGGGCGAUAUUCGUGAUUACGAAGGUGUUGACCGUUCUGCAAAACCGCAGUUGCCGAUGAUCGCCAUCAAUACUACGGCGGGUACGGCGUCAGAAAUGACUCGUUUCUGCAUCAUCACUGACGAAGUGCGUCACAUCAAAAUGGCGAUAGUGGAUAAACAUGUGACUCCGCUGCUUUCUGUCAAUGACCCCUCGUUAAUGCUCGGUAUGCCGAAGCCGUUGACUGCGGCUACCGGUAUGGAUGCCUUAACUCAUGCUAUUGAAGCGUAUGUAUCUACUGCUGCCACACCGAUCACCGACGCUUGUGCACUGAAAGCCGUGACCAUGAUUGCGGAAUAUUUGCCAUUGGUCGUUGAGGAUGGCAACAAUGAAAAAGCGCGUGAGGCGAUGGCUUAUGCUCAGUUUCUCGCAGGAAUGGCGUUCAAUAACGCAUCUCUGGGUUAUGUUCAUGCGAUGGCGCAUCAACUGGGUGGUUUCUACAAUCUGCCGCACGGUGUAUGUAAUGCCGUUCUGCUGCCGUAUGUUCAGGCAUUUAACAGUAAAGUUGCAGCUGCACGUUUGCGUGACUGCGCUGCUGCAAUGGGGGAGAACGUGACGGGUAAAAAUGACGAGGAAGGUGCUGAAGUCUGUAUUAAUGCCAUCCGUGAAUUGGCGAAGAAAGUUAAUAUUCCGGCAGGGCUACGCGACCUGAAUGUGAAAGAUGAAGAUAUACCGGAACUGGCCAGAAAUGCGCUGAAAGAUGCCUGUGGGCUGACGAACCCGAUACAGGCGACACAUGAAGAGAUAGUUGCAAUUUAUCGUGCAGCAAUGUGA